CGAAUGCGGCCGUGGGGGGUGAGGCCGCAUCGGGGCAAGACAACAAAGGGCCGCGGGCGGCGGGCGGCGGUGUCCCAGUCUCCCGGUGCUUCCCUCAGGCUGAGGCGCCCGGCCUCCCGCCCGCAGCGCUCCAGAUGAAGUGUGAGCACUGCACGCGCAAGGAAUGUAGUAAGAAAACAAAAACUGAUGACCAAGAGAAUGUGUCAGCCGAUGCACCGAGUCCAGCCCAGGAAAAUGGAGAGAAGGGAGAAUUCCACAAGCUGGCUGAUGCCAGGAUAUUUUUGAGUGACUGCCUGGCAUGUGACAGCUGCGUGACUGCAGAGGAAGGAGUCCAGCUUUCCCAGCAAAAUGCCAAGGACUUCUUCCGCGUUCUGAACCUUAACAAGAAAUGUGAUACCUCAAAGCACAAAGUGCUGGUAGUGUCUGUGUGUCCUCAGUCUUUGCCUUAUUUUGCUGCUAAAUUCAAUGUCAGUGUAACUGAUGCUUCCAGAAGACUCUGUGGUUUCCUCAAAAGUCUUGGGGUGCACUAUGUGUUUGAUACGAGGAUAGCUGCGGAUUUUAGUAUCCUGGAGAGCCAAAAAGAAUUUGUGCGUCGCUAUCGCCAGCACAGUGAGGAGGAACGCACCCUUCCCAUGCUGACCUCUGCCUGUCCUGGCUGGGUCCGAUAUGCCGAGCGGGUGCUGGGCCGUCCCGUCACUGCCCACCUCUGCACCGCCAAGUCCCCCCAGCAGGUCAUGGGCUCUUUGGUGAAGGAUUAUUUCGCCAGACAGCAGAACCUGUCUCCAGAGAAGAUUUUCCACGUCAUCGUGGCCCCUUGUUAUGACAAGAAGCUAGAGGCUCUUCAGGAAGGCUUUCCCCCCGCUUUGUAUGGCUCCCGGGGCGCUGACUGCGUGUUAACAUCAGGUGAAAUAGCUCAAAUAAUGGAGCAAGGUGACCUCUCAGUGAAGGAUGCUGCCGUCGACACUCUGUUUGGAGACUUGAAGGAGGACAAGGUGAUGCGCCAUGAUGGAGCCAGCUCGGACGGGCACCUGGCACACAUCUUCAGACAUGCGGCCAAGGAGCUGUUCAACGAGGACGUAGAGGAGGUCACUUACCGAGCCCUGAGAAACAAAGACUUCCAAGAGGUCACCCUUGAGAAGAAUGGGGAGGUGGUGUUACGCUUUGCUGCGGCCUAUGGCUUUCGAAAUAUCCAGAACAUGAUCCUGAAGCUUAAGAAGGGCAAGUUCCCGUACCACUUUGUGGAGGUCCUCGCCUGUGCUGGAGGAUGUUUAAAUGGCAGAGGCCAAGCCCAGACUCCCGAUGGACAUGCGGAUAAGGCCCUGCUGCGGCAGAUGGAAGGCAUUUACGCUGACAUCCCUGUGCGGCGUCCAGAGUCCAGUGCACACGUGCAGGAGCUGUACCAGGAGUGGUUGGAGGGGAUCAACUCUCCCAAAGCCCGAGAGGUGCUGCACACCACAUACCAGAGCCAGGAGCGCGGUGCACACAGCCUGGACAUCAAGUGGUGAAGUCAGGCCAGGGCCUUCCAGCUGCUCUUAGGGCCAGAGCCACUCUCAGUAGAGGGAGGGGCUGCCCCGAGUGGAGUAUUAAAGACACUUAAGAAAACUGCUCAA